GAAUCGUAGGGGAGAGGAAGUCAGCCGGCUCUCUGUCUGCCUGCUCCAACUUCCUGCAACAAAAAAAAAGCCAGGAUCUUAUUUCAGUCCAGCAGAGCUGUGUAGCCUAGCUAGACGACAGUCAGCAUGGAAAAACAAGGGAUCAUACCAAUUUCAUCAUAAAAGUUUUGCAAGGAGGGGAAGGAAAGGCAAACAAGAUAUUGCAGGUAUGGACAGUGCCAUCACGUUGUGGCAAUUCCUGCUGCAACUUCUCUUGGACCAGAGCUACAAGCACCUGAUCUGCUGGACGUCCACUGACGGGGAGUUCAAACUGCUCAAGUCAGAGGAGGUGGCCAAGCUAUGGGGGCUCCGCAAGAACAAGACUAAUAUGAACUAUGACAAGCUCAGCAGAGCACUGAGAUACUACUAUGACAAGAACAUCAUCAAGAAAGUGAUCGGCCAGAAGUUUGUCUACAAGUUUGUCUCGUUCCCGGAGAUCUUGAAGAUGGACCCUGCGGCGGUAGAGAUGGGCUUGACGUCCGGCAGGGUGACCCUCCACGAGGAUGACGUCAGGGACCUAGACGUAGAGGAGGAAGAGGAGGAGGAGGAGGAGGAGGCACAGCAGCAGAGGAGAGCCCUGGGGGCAGCGUUGGGGGCGGCUGCUGCGGCUCAACAGGCUGCGUGUCGUAACGACUACCUCCGCUCUGGUCUCUACUCCUCCUUCAGCAUCAGCUCCCUCCAUCAUCCUCCAGAGGAGCUGCUCAGAGCCUUGAGGGAGAGGCAGGAAAGACAGCAGGACGAGGCCCAGUCCGGAGUCAUCCGCUUCGGGGCCGGUACCACAGAGCGAACUCCACCCUCACCCUCCCUCAUCAAGCCUUCAUCACAAUCCUUCAGCACCCACAGUCCAUCUAAACCCUCCCCCCUCCACCACCAUCACCACCGGCGCUCCCCAUCCUCCUCCCCUCCCAGCCCUAACCCCCAGCCCGGACCGGGGCGAGGAGGCUGGAGCCCAGAGGCUGAAGAGGAGGAGGGUGAGGACUCUGACCAGGGGGCCCAGCCCUUGAAUCUCUCCUCUGGGCACAGAGAGAGAGAGAGGGCCCUGCAGCCUCCGGAGAAGAGGACCAGUGGUGGUAUUAGGGCUAAUGGUAGUAGUUAUGGAGACAGUGGACAUGGACUCCCACCCAAAACAAAGAAGCCCAAAGCCCUAGAGAUCUCCUCCCCCUCCCUGCUCCUGACAGGAAGUGACAUUGGCUCCAUAGCCCUUAACAGCCCCGCCCUGCCAUCCGGGUCCCUCACCCCGGCCUUCUUCACUGCACAGACUCCGUCUGGCCUGCUGCUGGCUCACAGCCCUCUGUUGUCAGGCAUCCACUUCUGGAGCAGUCUUAGUCCCAUAGCCCCUCUGAGCCCUGCACGGCUGCAAGGCCAUGGAUCUCUGUUCCAGUUUCCCAGUCUAAUGAAUGGACACCUCCCGGUCCCCCUGCCAAACCUGGAUGGGUCCCCCUCCCACCUGCUCCUGUCCCCUGCCAAUCACAAGUCCUGAUUCAGACUCUCUACUUAGACCAUCUUCAUCAAGCAUCUCUUCUCAAGGACUAUAAUCAUCAUUAGUCGUUGUUUAUGUUCAGGCAAACGUGCUUAUGAUUUGGGGUCUCAAAAACUCCCCAUCAGCCACCUGUAUAAGUAGUAGUAUUAUUAUAGUCUUCAUCGUUAGCCUUAAGUUUCUGUAAAAUGAUUUUACAAUGUAAAUACGCAAGAUUGACUCUACAUUACAUGGCUUGUUGACCUCACUUUUUAUUGCACUUAAGUUGGUUAAAAUUCCAGUUGCAUUGUUGAAAGCACUUGGUUAAAGCCAUACACCGUGAGGUCUGUGAGACCUCUGGCGUGUUAUAAUUAAGUACAUUUCCACAGCAGGACCCUGUCCAAAUGGACAGUAGUUAGGGUUAGCCCUGGGGUGGGCAAACCUUUUGGCUCAAGGGCCACUUUGAGUUUUUGAAAUCAAGUGAAGGGCCACAUACUAUAUGCGUGACAAAACAUGUGAAGCCUUUAUUCAUUUUCACAUUGACACGCAACUACUAGUGGACUGUAGGUGUACAUAUGCUUGCAGAACAAUUCUUCCCUUGUACCAUCUACACUUGUUUUUUGUGAACACAUUUUUCACAAAAUGUACAAUUUAUAACAUCACAGACACAGUCAAACACACACAGAUCCUGCAUCUCUACCCUUGUAAAGUAAAAUCAAACUUACAGU